AUGCUCCCUCUUCUAUUAUACGCUGCCGCCGUUACGGCUGCUAGCACAACCGGCCUGCGGAAGCUGAGCAAUCUUGUCACAUUCGGAGACAGCUACACAGACGAAGGCCGUCUUAACUACAUCUUCAAUAACAAUGCACUUCCUCCUCCAGGCCAUCUUCUACCAGUGAACAAUGCAACGUCAGUAGGAGGUUAUGCCUGGCCGCGACUCGUAGCACAAAAGACAGGCGCCAAGCUCUACGACUAUGCCGUUGCCGGCGGCAUGUGCUCUGACGGCGUCACCCAGCACUUUCUCAGCAACAUCAACGGACCCUUUCCAUCCAUCUUGGAUUACGAAGUCCCGGCAUUUAAGACAGAUCUUGGCUACAAGGGGCUGUAUCCAGAUAGGAGAGCGGACAACACCGUCUACGCGCUUUGGAUCGGCACCAAUGACCUAGGCAUCGACGGAUUCUUGGGCAACAACCAAGUCAAUGGCGCUACCAUUACAGAUUUUGUAGAGUGCGUCUGGAAAGCUUUUGACGGCGUUUACAAGCUGGGUGGCAGGCAAUUUGUGCUUCUUAACGUUCUACCAUUACAGCUCUCACCGAUGUAUGCUUCUAUCGCGAAUGGAGGAACGGGAAACAAUGAGUAUUGGGGCAACAAGGCAACAUACAACACGACGGACACUCAGUAUAAGAUGGAGGAAUUCUUGACCAGCGCAAACACCAUGUUCGCCACAGGAGCGCCGUAUAACUUAUUGGUCAAGAAGCGCUGGCCAGGGGCUACUGUCAGCUUACUGGAUGUGCACUCGCUGUUGCUGGAUUUGCGUUCAGACCCAACCAAGUACUACACAGAGCCGGUAGACAUUACCGGAUCCUGGAGAGGAUGCGGAGACUCGGGAUGCUUCCAGUCGGCAGAGCCGCAGUCGAAUUUCGUAUGGUAUGACGAGGUGCAUCCGUCAGAGAGGACGUGCGAGCACGUUGCCGAUGAGUUUAUCAAUCUGCUGGAAGGGAGAUCGAAAUACGGCACCUCGUACCACUAA